CCCACAGCGAAGCUCAGGUUGGCUGACAGGAACUGACCCUUCAUAUCUCGUCCAGUCUUCACCUGCGCUGCUCCAGAGCAUCCAAACAGCUGAAGUAAAAGGCCAAGAGUCAGUAAAGCAGUAAUAUUCCAGUCCUGCAGGUGGCGGUGCGGUGCGGUCAGGUCCUCUACCGCAGCACUCUGCUAGAGGAAGAAGCAGCAGCGGGUCACGUGACUGCAGCGUUUGUAAACGGGUUUGAGGAAGCGGAGUUUCUUUUUAACGAUAUAUUUUAACGAGUUUUUCCGAUUUUAUUCAGAUAUAGUGGAUUUAUAUGAUCUGCAGGAAACAUGAGCGCAGAGUCGCCGCUCUCUGGAGUGAACGUAGUGCUGGUUAUGGCCUACGGAAGUCUGGGAUCAGAGUCUGGAGGAAGAGUGGAGAGACACACAGUCCAAACUGCUCGAGGUCUAGUGUGAAGUUUCCGCCAAUCAGUGAUGGUUUGGAGAGUCAGGUGUUUGUAUUGCUCUUCAUCUUUGUAAAGAGGCAGAUCAUGCGCUUUGCCAUGAAAUCUCGCCGAGGACCACAUGUCCCACUGGGUCAUAACGCCCCAAAGGGUCUUAGAGAAGAGAUCGAUUGUCGUCUGUCCAAAGUGAACGAUAUCCGCUAUGAACCGCGGCUGCUCUCUGCGCUCGACGACAGGCUGAAGCAUCGUGGACAGAACGAUGUCUCUUUCUGUCUAUUUACAGGCUGUUAUAACUACCUGUACAGGAUGCAAGCUCUGGAUGCCGUCAGAGACACUCCCAUCGUUUCCCACGAGCUCGGCCGCAGUGCCAGCGCUGUGACUGGCCGCCGCUACAGGAAAUGGCUUAUGGAGCUGCGAAAUUCACACUCACUGUUCAAAAGCAGCCACAGCAGCCUCGUCGACCGUCUGAUGGAGGGCUACGACAAUGCUCGUCAUGGGACUGGGGUAUUUGGGGAAGCUGAAUAUCUUAAAUAUAAAGAGGAUCUGACAGAACUGGCUGAUCUUUUGAAGAUCCACUCCAGCUCCAGCAGCCUGAACCAGCAGCACCAGUCAGCAGCUAAAGACCUGACCAGCUUCCCCGGACCCUCCUCCGCCUCCACCAUCCAGGUCACAUACCUGCCCUCCUCAGGCCAGCGCAGCAAGAGACCCAAACACUUCCUGGAGCUCAAAAACUUUAAGGACAACUACAACACGCUGGAGAGCUGAGAAAUGUGAGAGAGACUUGAGAAAAGAAUGGAGGGGCCGAGCGGAGAUUCUGGAGAAACGGCUUCAGGAGACUCUCAGGGGUCUCUUUACUGGAAGGUGAAUGACUGGAAGUAAAAGAAUAAAACUUCACUGAAAAGUUCAAGUUAAAACAUCAAUGCUUCCUUUCAGCGCGUGGAUUAACUGGACUGGAUGACUGGAACGGACUGGUCCGGAUUGUCUCUUAAAGCCUGUCUGUCUGAAUGACUGUAUGAAGCUUCAGAAAGGUUGAAUAGGUACUUUACGCACAUACAAAUCAGUUUCUAAAUCAGUUUCUCUGAUUUUGCUAUUUAUAGGUUUAUGUUUGAGUAAAAUGAACAUUGUGGUUUUAUUCUAUAAACUACAGACAACAUUUCUCCCAAAUUCCUAAUAAAAAUAUUCUCAUUUAGAGUUUAGAAAUCAAUAUUUGGAAUAACCCUGGUGGUUUUAAAUCACAUUUUUUUUAAUGCAUCUUGGCAUCAUGUCCUCCUCCACCAGUCUUACACACUGCUUUUGGAUAACUUUAUGCUGCUUUACUCCUGGUGCAAAAAUUCAAGCAGUUCAGUUUGGUGGUUUGAUGGUUUGUGAUCAUCCAUCUUCCUCUUGAUUAUAUUCCAGAGGUUUUUAAUUUGGUAAAAUCAAAGAAACUCAUCAUUUUUAAGUGCUUUCUUAUUUUUUUCACCCAGAGCUGUAUACACUGAAAGCUAUGGAAGCUCGUUACUGCCUUCCUGCAUUUCUUAACAAGCUUAAAGUAGCUCCACACUUCAUUGGUAGAAUUCUGAGAGCUUAAAACAAGAAAUUGAGAGCUUUUAAAGUUGAUUAAAACACUGUUUAUACACACAGUAUCUUUAAGUAGUUCUCCCCAGCACAGUCAUCUUGAAAUUAACUCACUAAAUCUAAAUCAGCUGAAGAGCACCAGGAACUUGCUGCUUGUCGUUAGUUCUCUUCAUUCUCAUGCAAACAGUCACCAGAUAUUUUUAGCAACAGCUGGAAUUCGUGCAUUUCCACAGAAUUAUUUUUGCAAUCUGUUUUCCUAUCCUACCAGUUUGUUCACGCUUGUCUUUUGUCUUAUCGUCACUUUAUUUCCAGAGAACUACCUGAAGGUACUGUGUGCAUAAACAAACAAUGUUUUAAAUAAACUAUCUGUUCACUUUUAAAGCUCUCAGUGCCUCGUUUUAAAUGUCAGGGUGCUCAGAAUUAUACCAAUGAAGUGUGGAGCUAAUUUGAGUUUGUUAAUGGCAAUGGUGUAAAAAUAGUGAUUUCUUUGGAAGAUAACUCUAUGCCCAAUAGCAUUGUAAGCCUGUUAGUUGGGAGCGUCGGCUAAAAGCUCUGUAUUUUGGAGUGCUGGGGGGGAAACAGGUGGAUAUUCAACAAAAGUUCAUACUGGUUGUCGUGUUUCACUACAACCCAAGUACAUUUUACUAGGGCUGCAACGAUUAGUCGAUAUAAUCGACAGUGUCGAUUUUAUAAAUAUUUGUCGGCUCGAAAUGUUCGUUGUAGACUAAUCGUCAGUCAAUCAGCACGACACAAAUUACUAGGGAAAAAAAACUAAAUGUUAUAGAAGGUUAACACUCAACUCUGCCUGCGUAUAUACAAAUAGUCGUUGACUAAUCGAUUAAUUGGAAAAAUAAUCGGCAGAUUAGUCGACUACUAAAAUUAUCAUUAGUUGCAGCCCUAUGUUUUUACACCAAAGUUCCCUUUAACUAGUUUGGCAGGCUAAAUCAAUUUUUUUUAAAUAAUUAAGGCAUUAGUUUCACAAUCAAAUAAUCUUUGACUAAUUGAUUAAUCGGAAAAAUAAUCAGCAGAUUAGUCAACUACUAAAACUUACUAAAGCUUUUUUUUUACCAAUUUUUUUCCUUUAAGUAACUAUUUUGAGAGGCUAAAUCAUAAAAUAUCUUUUUAUGUUUUUUUUUAUUUAUUCAUUCAUUUUAUUAAGGCAUUAGUUUCACAAAGACACAUCAGACUUUUUACUUUUUUAAGAAAAGGCUGUAUUUUAAUGAUAUGAUUUUUAUGCUGGCAGGAAUGGGCUUCUAUAUAAAGCUCUGGUUCGAGAGUUUCCUCUAAAUUAUUUUGAUUUACUGCUUUUCUUCUGUAUUUCACUGCCGGUAUUAAAUAUUAGGGAGAUGAUGAACAUGAGAGAGAUGGAACUGUGGAAUACCGAUUUCUUGGUAUUUGUUUGGGAGCUUCCAGAUUUAAGCUGUAAAGACUUUAAAACUGUAUUGGUUUAUUGAUUAAUUUAACCUGUUAGAACUUUCCUCAAUGAUUCCCAGCAUCUGCAGUAAGUGCACUUUUAGUUGAGAUGUCUGUACAGGAUUAGUGUAAGUAUUUUAGGGAUGAGUUUAUUUGUAAAAUAACUGUAUUUAUUGGUGUAUGGUGUCUGUAUCUUCUGUACAUCGUGGGUGACAACUAAAUUGUACUGAAAUGUACACAAAAAGGCAACGUUUUUUUGUGUUUGUGUCCUCCUGCAUUAAAUGAGGAGUUCCUUUUAUAUUAUAUAA